CUGGUUCGAUCAGCAGCAAUAUUGGUCGAGUACCGAGUCGAGAAGACUUUUCGCACUCUUCUCACCGCAAAACGUUUCAAUCUCGAUUGGUGCAAUCCUUGUUGGUCUUGUUGGGAGUUACCGUGGCCGUGCACCACUUGCUCCUGACAUCUCCAUUGCUCCAAUCCAUGGUGGGUGCUGGACGUGAGAAUGAAGAUGCUCCACAGAAACAACAACGCGCUCUGCUGGGCGACGGAAUGAGUUUGGAAUCCCUCAGUAGUUCCGUGGCCACCAGUCAAUUGUCCGUCGCGGAAAAGGAAGGAUUGCUUCGGACCAUUGGACAACUCACACAACAAAAACUACGACAAGGCAUGCCUACGGCAGCUCCUACUGCCAGUCCUACCGUCAGUCCCACCGCGUCUCCCACAGCCAGUCCAACGGUGGCUCCCACAGGCGCUCCCACGGCGUCUCCCACGGCCAACCCAACUUCUAAAGCAACAGAAGUAGUAGUAGUCACCGCCAAAAACAGUUCGGCCGUCAUUACUGUAUCGGAUCCCCAAAUCAACUUGACGGAAACCACUGCUGUGACCAUCAACAACCUCACUCCCAAGAGCCCCUACGCGUACAUGUUUGUCAUUGGCGGAAUUCACGAAGACCGACCCGCCUACAAGGGAUUUGUCUACGAUGUGCUCGUCGCGACGCGUCUUCUUCGCAAACUCGGAUCCACCGCCGAUGUCGUUCUCUUUACGCAAAUGUCUCCCGAUUCUCCACUCGAUGCUCUGCCACAAGAAGACACGGAUCAUUUACACGCGUUGAAUAUUCAAAUCAUUCCAUUGCCCAAACCCAAUCGCGAAUCCUUUGCCGGAUUGGUCUUUGAAAAGUUUCGCGCCCUGCAAUUGGUCCAAUACCGACGUGUCAUGUUUAUGGAUGCCGAUGCCAUUCCACUUGCCAAUCUCGAUUACAUGUUUCAUUUGUCGGACGCUGACCACAAAUCCACACCGACCUUUUUGAAACCCAACAUGAUUUGGGCCACACGAGGAGAACCCUGCAAUGCCGGUCUUUUCAUGCUAGAACCAGAAGCCGGAGGUUGGGAACGAUUGCAAGCCAUUAUUCGACGCAUGAAGGAAGAAGGCAAGCAAUUGCCCUAUCCACAUUUCAGUUGGAAUCGGGGAUGGGGAUAUGACUUUGAAGCGGAAAAUGACGAAUGGCAUGGGACUAUCAAGUACGGAAAGAAAUGGAGGUACCAUGCCGGACAUUCCGAUCAGGGAUUGUUGUACUACUGGACCAAAUUCUACAAACGCAAUGUGUCUAUUAUUAUUCAAGAUAAGAUUGAGAAUUGGAUUGAUGCCGGCGUGAAUGCCAACAAGACGAUUGAUGGAUUCUCCAAACCCACGCUUGAAAUGAAUUUGCGGUUGGAACCGUUGGGACCGUACUCGCACGAGAAUCCACUCGUUCAUCAAUUCAAUUGCGAUGAGGAAAAACAUCAACAGGCAUCCAAAUACAAGAAACCACAUCAGUGUGUGGUGCCCUAUCGGGAUAUUGCCCACUUUAUGGGAGGCAGCAAACCGUGGAUGAUUCCCGAUCCUAAAAGUCAUCGCAAACGCAAGAAUAGUCAAAAGUACGUGGCGGCCAUCAACUUGUGGUUUGAUACCUUGGAAGAAAUCAGCAAGGACCUCAAGAUGGGAUUGGAUUUUGUCAAGUGGCAUGAAAAUCACGAUGUCAAGGAAGCACCGCUCGGGCUCAUGGCAAAGUUUGGAGACAUUGCCAAGGAACAUCAUGCCACUGAUGGAGAAGAAGAAAAGCAACAACAACAAGAACAACAAAACAACGACAAACCAAAAGAGACCGAGCCUCCCGCCACCAAGCGUCCCAGGAGGGUCAAAUAUCUCACAAAGAAAAACAAUAAGGUCGCGCCAACAACGGUUCCAGUUGUAGAAGGAGCCAAGCAGGAAGAAAGUACAGAAGCAAGUGAAGUCAAACAAGAAGCAAGUACAGAAGCCAAGCCAAAAGAUGGCAACAACGCCGAGUCGAACAGCUACGGCGGCAAGGCUGUGCGAAUGGCCAAGCGAGACAAGCAACAACGACAACAAAAGCUGGAUACCGCAGCAAUGAGUAAAGAAAUGGCGAAAGCUGUGGAAGCCUUUGAAGAAGCCGCACAAGCUGACGACAAGGAAGCAGCCAAGACAACAGACGGCGAGGCCGAUGCCAAGAAAGAAGAAGAGAAGGAUGAUUCCAACAAGAAAGAGGAAGACAAGAAAGUAGAUGACAAAGCUGAUUCAAAGAAAGAGGAAGACAAGGCCGACGCCAAGAAAGAGGAAGACAAGGCCGACGACAAGAAAGUAGAUGACAAGGCUGGCGCCAAGAAAGAGGAAGACAAGGACGAAGCUAAGACCAAAGCCGAGGGCAAGCAAGAUGACAAGGCUGAAGCGAACCCAGAACCCAGCAAUAAGCGAAGGAGGAACGCAAAGAGGGUAAAGCAAUAA